CGUCUUACCAAGCAAUCAACAUCUUAAGAAAGAUUCGUCCUCAGUUCAUCAGCAUGCAGGUUUUCGCUGUCGUCGCCCUUUUCGUUACAUUGGCUGCUGCCCAAUACCACAAUGAUGGUUUCGGUCAUGGUAAAGUUGGAGUGAUUGGUGGUCAUAGUAUCGGUCAUGGACUUGGUCAUGGACUUGCUGGAAAUGGUUUCGGUCAUGGAAUCUAUGAUAAUGGUCUUAAACACGGUCUUAACCAAGGAAUCGUCGGAGAUCAUCUUGGACACGGAAUCGCACACUCCGAUGCCGGUCAUGGUUACGGUUACGGAAACGGUCUCAUCGGAGCUGGUAAAGUCGGAAUUAUUGGAAACGGUAUCGGUCAUGGAGCCGGACACGGUUAUGGUCAUGGUCUUAUCGGAGCUGGUAAAGCCGUUGGUGGUGUUCUUGGUCAUGGUAUUGGACACGGACUCGCUGGUGUUGGUAAAGUUGGAAUCGUCGGACAUGGUUUGAUCGGAGCUGGACACGGUUUAGGACAUGGUUUGGUCGGAGCUGGACACGGUUUCGGACACGGUCUCGUUGGCGCUGGAAAAGUUGUUGGUGGAGUCCUCGGCCAUGGUUUAGUUGGGGCCGCCCGAGUCGGAGUUGUCGCUGGUCCUUACUAUGGUGAUUACAACGGAUACAACAACGGUCCUUCUUACAACAAAGGAUACAACGGUCCUUCUUACAACAAAGGAUACAAUGGUCCUUCUUACAACAAAGGAUACAACGGUCCUUCCUACAACAAAGGAUACAACGGUCCUUCCUACAACAAAGGAUACAACGGUCCUUCUUACAACAAACGAUACAACAACAAAGGUUACGAUUACGGUUAUCCUUCUUACAACAGCUACGACAACAGCUACAAACCAUACUACAACAACAACUACAAUGGAUACAAGCAACCAUCCUACAAGAAGAACCAAUACUACUAUUAAGGAUGUGGUUUAUUUCUUGCUGUUUGUGGUUGUGACCAUUGCAAACGAUGCAAACUUUUUUCACCUUUGACAGUUUAUAUCUUAUAGCUUUACGGAUGAUGUACACGAUAACAAUUGUGACGUUUCAAUAUCUAUAUGCUCGCUUUAUCAACAUCUUCAUAUUUGUUAAUGUCUUGAAAAUGACUUCAACAGGAGAGUUUUAACAGGUGUCUGGAAGGGUAAGCAUACUCUGCCUCUAGCGACACCAAGUACUGAUUUUAGUUUUCCUUCCGUUCUCGAAUCGAUUCUUUUUCACUCCUGAAAUUCUACUAAAUCACAAUAUUCUGUUUUUAUUUGCUAAAUUAAUUUCAUGGUUUUAAAAUUUACUUCUUUUUCCGAAAACUUUGAAAAUUAUAUCUUUUUUCGUCCUUUAUAGUGUUAAUACAACAAGGUUUUCAAAUCUCGUGCUACCAUGCUGUCAUAUUUUAAAAGAUGUGUAUUAUUACUAAUAUGUGUCUUGAUUUUUAUAUAUUUUAUAUGAUUUGAUAAAUAAAAGUGUAUUUUGGGA